ACAGACCAUCGAGGUAACACGGUGGUUACGCCAGACAACCCCCAGGAACCAUUUGUUGAUCUCGAGAUUGAAGCUCGUGAUGUACAUGCCGUGGGAGAGCGGGAGGGCAGUUGAAGAAUGGGCAUGGUUCUUGCGCAAAUUCAGACGCUACGGAUAUAGGAAGUCGAAGCUCAAGACCACCGUUCACGUACUGAGUAGAAUGCAUUCCCUCCGGGACGUGUUGAGUCUUGCAGGGAAGCUGGACGCGUUUGGUGCGGAGCAGGCUCAGAAGGCGAAGGCGUUCUUCAAGGACAUGGGAAUCAAGGCUCGAACUAAUUUCACUUUCAUUGGAUAGAGCUGGGUUGGUGGUAAAAAGAGUCAUCAGGCUGGACGUUUGCGUGGAAUAACCAAGUAUGGCCCUGGAGAAGAAAGAAGGAAGAGUCGAGAUGCGGAUGGAUCUCAGAAUCAGUUUUCCGGGCUAAUUUACCACCAGCGGCGAAGAUAGG